AUGGCUUAUUCCUUGCCAAGCACGAGUUUCAUCAGCAGUCGUGUCAAUUCCUCGACUUUCUUGAUCAUUGAGGAUGACAGUUACGGAGAGCAGCCAUACAUCUACGUCAAGGUGUACCCAGACCACCUCAUGGUCACGGAUACAGGCUGCAACAGUCCUCGAUCUAAGAACCGGUCUCUGAUUUCCCUCCGUCAAUAUCUAGAAACAUUUCCUCUCUCUUCGAACAACCAACAGCCUCUAAACCCCAACGGAGUCAAGGCGUACGUUAUUCUUUGUUCUCAUUGCCACUAUGAUCAUAUCCUGGGAAUCACACAGUUUCUUUCCGCCAAGCCUACCAUCAUCGCAUCCGAUUUCAAUAAAGAAUUUAUCUUGAAUGAUUUACCGGAGCACUCACUAUGCAAAUAUAUGAACACACCUACACCACGAUAUACUAUUACGCAUUGGGCUAAACAUCUGGCUUAUUUUACUCUUCCUGACAUCCCUUUUCGUGUCCAAUUCAUCCACACUCCAGGUCAUACGCCGGAUGCAUUAGCUUGGUUUGACAUUGAUGAGAAUCAUCUCUAUGUUGGAGAUUCCUUCUACGAACGGAAACGAAGCACGAAAAUUCCUGAGCUACCAGACGAUGCUGGCCAAGUCCCCGGACUCCCAGCCUCGCAAGCUGCAAUUAUCUUCCCCGAAGAGGGCGGUAAUUGGAUACAGUACAUGUCAUCACUUAACGUGCUUCUAUCCUUUGUUCUACACAAAAACGUGGAAUUGAGACGUCGUCAUGAGAUUCGCCAUGCAUCGAUCCCGCGCGUCAAAGUCGGCAGUGGCCAUCUAACUCAUGAUGCUGAUGCUGAGAAAAUGCUUCUUGAAGUACGAGCAAUGUUUGAGCGAAUCAUUGCUAGGAAAGUUCAAGUCGUUGGUAGUGGUAUUAAGAGGGGAGUCAUUAACGAUUACUGGCUCGAGAGUGAGGACUCGAGGUUCAGCGUUAUGGCCCCUCGUCAUCUUGCUGAUGAAGCGAGAAAGCAUUUUCACCCCCAGAGCAAAAGCUGUUCCCCAUAG